GCAUGACAACAUUAGACCUUACGCACUAGCCGUCGACGUCGGUAGUACACGAGAUCGGUGGACUGAGAGACGUCGCUAUCUAUCUUCCUUCUGUUCUCGAGGGCGUCAGAGAAACCCUCCACCUCCGAGUGAGUGUCGCGAGUGAUUUGAGCCAAAAUGGUUUCCUCGGUGCACGUAGAGCCCGUGUCCCGCACGGACCAGUACAAAAGGGUCAUGAAGCCCCUGCUGGAGAGGAAGCGAAGGGCGCGCAUCAACCGCUGCCUCGACGAACUGCGAGACCUCCUGGUGGCGGCGCUGCAGGCCGAGGGCGAGACCGUCACGCGCCUGGAGAAGGCUGACAUCUUGGAGCUGACGGUCCGCCACGUCCGACGGCUCAACCAGAGGCGCCGCCUCACGCUGCCCCCCGGCGGCGGCCAUCACGAUCCCCGCCACGACGCCCUCAAGUUCCAGCAGGGAUUCGUCGCAGCCGCCCAGCAGGUGCAGUCGUUCCUGAUCGCGUCUCCGUCGCUCGAGCCCUCGGUGUCCUCCAGGCUGAUUUCCCACCUGACGUCCUGCGCCUCGGCCAUGUCGGGCGUCCCGACUUCCCCCGCCCCCGCGCCCGUCAGCACCAGCCCCAGCAGCAGCAGCCCCCCCGCCCCGCCAGUAGUUAUGGGUUCCCCCCGAGCGGUGGUGGUUGUGCCUCCUCCCCCCAGACCAAUUAUGGUUCCGUCAGUGUCUCCUUCGAUGUCGCCGCCUUCGAUGUCUCCUCCCCCGCUGAUGGACCUGAGCAUGAAGCCCGCCCCUCCCCCUCCGGCACCGCCUAAGAUCGUAGCGCCCAUGCCCAUCCGCGAAAUGCCCGUGGGCCCUCAGGAUUUAUCCAUGCGACGCCCUCAGCAGCCAAGGGAGGAGAACCUGCACGAAGGGAAGAGCUCUUGGAGGCCGUGGUGAUUAGGAUAUAGGCGCCUCUUGGCUUUCGUCGUCUUGAUCUCGAAGGAGGAUCCCCAUCAGGAGACGUAGGAGGAGGAGGAGGAGGAGGAAUGUGAUUAUCGGGACAUUUUACCUGUUGGAGGAAAGUGCCAAGCAAGUGUGGAUUCAUCGUGCCAAAUACAUAGCCCCAUGUGGAUUUUAUAUACAUAAAAUAUAUUUCAUACCACCACCCGCCCACCCACCCUCCCCAACGUACCCCUUCCCCAUUUCUGUUGGUGUAUGUAAACUGUGACAAACCCCACCCAACCCCCUACAAUAUGGAGGUUAUAACAAUUCCUCCACGGUGUUUUGUUGCUGUUGUGAUAUAGUUUGUGAUAGAGUAUAGAUAUUUUUGUAUAUAGAAUCAGUUUUUUUUAAGAGUUCAAUACUGUGAUAAUACUUUUAUAAAGAAAAAAAACAGUUCUCUUUUGAUUUCCAUGUAAAUAGUAAACCCCGUUACAAUUAGCAAACUAUCCCUCAUUAAGAGGAAGACCCCUAUACCUGCUGUCUUUCAGAAUUUGUACAGAGGAAAGAUGAAUAAAAAUAAAAAAUAAUAGUGUCUCUUAAAUAAACAAUUGCAUUGAUUGAGCUCACGUGUUGUAUAAAAUAGAUUUCGAUAUACAGUUUAUAUUUAUAAUAUAGUAUAGAGUCGUAAUUCCAGUUUUAGAGAGAUUGUGGCCGUAAUUAACUUUUGAUGUUAAGUUAAUUGAAUGCCCAUUCAUGUCACAAAGUAUUUGUUAUUUUGUUUUCCCUCCACUGUUAUUCAGUAGUUACUACCGAAACGUAGUAUUACCUGCAAGUUCUACUUAAAGAGAUGUGUUGCAUUAUGGUGUAAUGUUUCUUUCCACAAUUCUCUUAUUUGCGUGUGUGUGCGUUUGUGUGUAAUGUUGUAAUAUGUCUAUUACUAUUUCUAUUUUUGUAUGGUUUUCACUUCUCUGUUUUCCCCUUUUCGUG